GUGCAGUACUCCGUAUCCUCUGGAAAGCUGGCUGAAGCAACGGUUCACCAACCCAAGGCCACACGACGGAGGUACAAGCACUUGCAGCGGAAAAGGGGCGUCCGACUGGUCGGGUUCCGGUGGGAGAUCUGCUACUCGAGCUUUGAGAGUACCCUCCCCGAGCUCCAAACCCCCGUUAAUGGCAGAGGUCAAAGAAACUCCCAGUCGGCGGGUCCUCGCGUCGCGUCGGCAGAACAGGAUGGCCGGUGGAGGACUGGAGGUUCGAGCCGCGGUUGACCAGGUGGUGUGACGACUCAGGCGGUGGUCGGUGAAACCAGAUGCUGGCCACGAGCGACUCCGUUGCAGGCGGCGUUUCACCAGAAGCCGGGAUCACCAAAUGGAGCGCUGCCGCGAGCUCCAUCCAGCGCGCGUACACUCGCCUAAGGUUUCAUGGCGGCGGGAAUGAUGACGGCGGUUCCGGCGGUUCCGGCAGCUCUGGCAGUUCCUUCCCAGAUCUGGAAUUUUCCAGAAUCAUUUUCUCAGAAAUUUUCUUCCUUCAGAAUCUUCUUCCUCCUAUUUUGCUUUCCAGAAUCCUUUUUCUUUGUUGGAAUCAGUCUACUCGUAUGAAUUUUUUGUAGAAACUCAAUAGAAACUCAAGAACAGUAGAAAUACAUGAAUCUUUUUGGACAGAUUCCCACAGACGGCGCCAGUGUUGAGUUUAAUCCAACACGAUAUAGUAAAUAUAUGUAUGAACACUCAGUUUUUACGUGGAAACCCGAAAGGAAGAAAACCACGGGACUUUUUAGGCUAAUGUCCAAGCCCUCUCUUUCUCAUUAGGACUCUCC